AUGGUGAACUCGAUUCGUCCCUCGGCCGUCGGGUGCAAGCUGGCCAAUAUCUAUGACAUAAAUUCCAAGGUUUAUCUGCUGAAGCUUCAGCGCAAAGGCUUUAGAUGCUUGCUUCUCCUGGAAAGCGGCGUGCGAUUUCACCUAACGGAGUACCAGCGAGACAAAUCGUCGAUCCCAUCGAACUACACCAUGAAGUUGCGCAAGCAUCUGCGCAACAAACGGCUGACGAACGUGAGUCAACUGGGAGCGGAUCGUGCGGUCGAUUUCCAGUUCGGCCGCGGUGAGACAGCUUUUCAUUUGAUCCUGGAGAUCUAUGUAACUGGCAACUUGAUCCUCACCGACAGCGAGUACCAAAUCCUGGCUUUGCUCAGAGUGCACUCGGACCAAGAGACGAAGGUGGCCAUGCGUCAGACGUAUCCGGUCGACAAGGCCAUGGGGCUGCUGAAGGUGCCUUUGGCAGACUUCUCGGAGGAGAUCGAGGACAUCUUAGACCUGGCCUCUGCUCGCGCUGAGAAUCAAGAGGUGAGGGAGCUUGAGAUGGACGACGAGAAGGCGGCCAAAGACAAGAAGAAAGGGGUGGAAUCCGCUUUUGCCAAGAAGUCCAGAAAGCGAGUGCAGCACAGCGCAAUGCCUGUGGUGAUGCUGCUGCAUAAGCUCGCGCCAUUUGCAGAUCCUGCGCUGUGCGCCAGCUGCGUGGCCAAAGUGUCUGCGGCGAAUGGCAAACCCGUUCAGAACGCGUUCAAGAUAACGGUGGAUGACAUGUCUUUUGAGGAGCUAGUGGAGCUGGAGCAGUCCUCUGCGGAGAUGCUCCUGGACACGCUGCGCAGCGUGUCACGGCCGGACGAUUUAGGGGGUGGCAGCAUGCCUGUUCUGGCGGUGGCAGAAGCCGCCGAUGAUGAUGUGAAUGAUGCCGAAGACGACGAGGACGAAGCAGAUGUUCAAGCGGAGCCUCAAGACGAGGCACAGGCACAGCCUGGGGCUGAGGCAGGCAUCAAGCGCGGUGCGCCGCCAGAGGCUGAUGCACCGGUGGUUCCUGGCUGGAUUCUACGAAAGAAGGUGCACACCCCACCUGCAGAGGCUACCUGGGCUAACGAAGAGUUCAGUCCGCUGGAGCCACCGCAGCCAGAAGAAGCCGACGCUGUCCUUUCGUUUCCAAGCUUCCACAGAUGUGUUGACGAGUUCUUCACCCAGCUUGAGGAGAACAAGGCAGUUGAGCAAAAGGCACAGCACGCCCAAAGCGUCAUGGCACGUGUCGACCGGAUCCGCGCGGAUCAAGGACGUCGGCUUCAAGAGCUCGAGGCCGAGCAGGAAGCCUCGGAGCGCAAGGCGAGUUUGAUCGAAGCGAACGUCGAACUCGUCGACCGAGCGCUCCAGAUGAUCAAUGCCAUGCUGGCAUCCCAGGUGGAUUGGACCGAACUUUGGCGCGAGGUGAAACGCCAGCAGCGCUUGGGACAUCCCAUCGCAGAGCAUAUUCACUCCAUGAAUCUGGAACAGAACGAGUUCAAGAUCUUAUUGGCGGACAUCGACCAAGAACAAGUCGAAGACGAAGGCACUGAUGACAAGCCGAUGGAAGUCGUUGCGCUAAACCUGAACUUGUCUGCGCAUGCCAAUGUUGCACGCCUACACUCUAAAAGGAAAGAAACACGGGACAAGACCUCGCGCACGCAGACGCACGCCGAAGCGGCCAUAAAGAGUGCCGAGAGAAAGGCACACCAGGAUCUGCAGAAGUUCGACUUGAAGCAAACAAUUCGGCGUGUGCGUCAGACAUGGUGGUUCGAGAAGUUUAUUUGGUUUGUCUCAUCUGAGAACUACCUCGUCGUGGCUGGCCACGAUGCGGUGCAGACAGAGCAGCUCUUUUUGAAGCACCUUGGCGAAAAGGAUGCCUUCAUCCAGGCAGAUGUUGCAGGAGCUCGGACGUGCUUUGUGCGGAACCCGGAAGGUGGAGAAGUCCCUCCUGCCACUCUCCGCGAAGCCGGUACCCUCGCGCUUUGCCACAGCACUGCUUGGGAUAAGCAGAUUGUCAUCUCCGCAUGGUGGGUGCCCAUCACGCAGGUCUCGCGAGGCAAAGCUCCAGAUGAGGAUCACCAUUGUGUGGAUGACUUCUAUGUCACCGGCCGUCGUCAGUUUAUGCCACCGCUACACUUGGAGAUGGGCAUGACACUCCUAUUCCAGGUCUCAGAGACCUGUGCCGAGCGGCACAAGGGCGAGCGCAAGAGCCGGUAUCUAGAGGCGAUGGCCAACAAGCCGAAAGCCUCAGAAGAGGAGAUGGAAGAAGUGGUCGCUGACAGCGACCAUGAGCUUGCUGCAAGUGAAGAGGAAGAAGCAGAGCAGGCUACCAUGGAAGAUGACCAAGAGGAGGAUCAGGAUAAGGAAGACGACAAAGAUAAGACUGAAGAUGAAGAGGACUGCAAGGAAGUUGCAGCGAGUCGCAGCCAAGAAGCAGAUGACACCGAGAAGAGCCGGGGUAAGAUGAGAAUUUCGCGAGCCGAGCGCAGGCGUCAGAGAAAGGAUAGCGCCGAGGAGGAUCAGGCUGAGCCGGAAACAACCAAAAAGUCUGCGGAUCCCAAGUCGAAGGGGCCAAGCACUGAGCAGCUUCCUCGUGGGCAGAAAUCCAAGGCCAAGAAGAUGAGGGAGAAGUAUGCUGAUCAGGACGAGGAUGAGCGCGAGCUACGGCUGGCUCUUCUUGGCAGCCGGAAGAUCAAGAGAGCUGGAGGCGACGCGGCCAAAGAGAGUUGCAUAGCCGCCUCAGGGGGCACAGGCGGCACGGAAGCAAGCGGCGACGCUGUGCAGGCUAGCACGGGGACGACUGGUGAGCAGAAUGCAGCACAGCCAAAGAAGGAGGCAAACGAAAGGAAACUGCCACGUCGACUGCCCAAUCGAGACGAGGUGUUGAAGGUGGGCUGCGACGCGGAGCGAGCGGAUUCGCCUCCGCAGCUCGAUCUUCUCACCGGACAACCCCAGCCGGAGGACGAGGUGCUGUACGCCAUGCCCAUGGUUGCACCCUACUGUGCCCUCGGAGGGCCCUACAACCUCCGGGUGAAGCUUACGCCCGGAAACCAGAAGAAAGGCCAAGCCGUGCGGCACUGUCUGAAGAUUUUUGCGGAACAGACGGAAAGACGAGCCUGGAAGCUUUUGGUCCAGGCGAUCCCUGAGAACGAAGCCACACAGCUCAUGUGUGGAAGCUGCAAAAUGUCAAUGCCAGGGCUGCAGAAACUGCAGCAACAACUCAGGAAAGAGAAGCGGAAGGAAAACAAGGAAGUGGACAAACAGCUUGGCCAAGCAAAGGCGAAGGUGAAGCAAAAGGCUCCAAAGAAAUAG